UAGCAGAGAGUUACCUUGUGACUGUGCGAACUGUUAAUGUGCUCAUUUGUCAUUCGUCUUUUAUGUAAAUGACGUGUGAUACUGGUAGCUAGUGGCUCUCGUAAAUCAGACAAAAUUAUAAUUUUGUACUCAAAAUGGAUAAAGCUAUUGUGAAUGUGAGAUUUAAAGCAGCAGUGACUAUUAUUCUAUUAGUAUUCUUGGUCAACCGAGGCUCUCAAGCAGCUUGGCGCGAAGAAUUCUUCACUCCGAGCUGGUUCUCUAAGAGUGCAACGACCGCAGCAGUGAGUCUCGAUCGUCACCGUCGCGAUGUUGCAUCUUCGGCGAAGCCCGCGAUUCCGGUCACGACCUCUGCAGUUCUUGUUACAAAGAUGGACAAGAUCACCAAGAAUGACACCGAAAUUGCCAAUGUUACUGAUGCUCUUCGGGCGGACGGCAACGUAUCCGUGACUCAGAUUCCACUUCUGGGCGUGAACGGCUCCGGCAUCCUCAAGGUCACCCCGACCGAGAACACGCACAAAGUCAGCGAACCUAUCGACCCUGACCCUGAUUACGAUAUGCGAGACAUUUCCAACUUUACCCCGGAUAAAAUAAAAGCGGAACACAACAUAACCGAUUUAACAAUUGACAAUCACGAGUUCUACAACAGCUCCUUCAUCGGCAACGCUAUGUUUUUCAACGAGUACUGGGCAAAUAUCACCACGAAGGGAGCUAAUGCCCAUCGCUUGCUCAGCAAUUCCCACAGAAGGGCAACCAUGAUUCAACUGUCGUUCACAUUCCCGUUUUACGGGUAUCCAAUCAAAGAUAUAACCGUGGCCACGGGAGGGUUCAUUCACACCGGCGAGCACGUUCACAACUGGUUGGCCGCUACGCAAUACAUUGCUCCGUUGAUGGCUAACUUCGACACUUCGCUCACCAACGACAGCUAUGUUAAGCUUAAAGACGAUGGCGACCGGUUCACGGUGCUCUGGGAGAACGUACCCCUCCAGGAGGACCUGACGAAGAAGUUCACGUUCGCGGCGACCCUAUACAAGAACGGCGACAUCGUGUUCGCCUACAAGAACAUACCGAUCGACGUCAACACAAUAAAGAACACGAGCCAUCCCGUCAAAGUGGGCAUCAGCGACGCUUACAUGACCGACGCGUUCUACUACCAGAUCCCGAAGCUGACGAUAUACCACCGCGUCUCGUUCAAGAACCACAACAUCAAGAACGGCACCGUCCUGUGGCUGACCGCGCUGCCGACCUGCAUCCAGUUCAGCACGUGCGACGAGUGUCUCAACCACGACACCACGUUUAACUGUACGUGGUGCAGUCGUUUGCAGAAGUGCUCGAGCGGUACAGACAGGAACAAACAAAGCUGGGAGAUCAAACAAUGCAACGCGUCUGCACUGACGAACGCGACGACCUGCCCGGCGACGCAGUCCGACACUGCCAACAACACUGUCAACGCCAGCACCACAAAUAAACCUGACAAUCAAUCAACGACCGCAGCCGAUGCCGUUGAUCACGCAAAAUCUCGCGUUCAGAUCUCAGUACCGGUUCAGAGGAGGCCGAUAGGGGGCGCCGUGUUUGGGUUCGUGGUGGUCGCUCUGAUAUGUUCGCUUGCACUUUGGGUGGUGUACGCGUUCAAGAAUCCUCACACUCGCAGCGGACAAUUCCUUAUUAAAUACCGACCGUCGCAGUGGAGUUGGCGUCGCGGUGAAGCGCGCUACACGGCCGCCACCAUCCACAUGUAAGACGCCGAGCCACCCUCAAUACAGAAUAACACCUAACGAUCAUUAUUCACAUUUAUAAUCUACCUAAAUUUCGAAUUUAUAUUCUAGUUUAGAUUUAGUCGAGAUAUGUAUUUAGAAGAUUUUUUUAUUUUUAUUUCCAUUACGGUGGGCUAUGAUCGUUCUCGAAAUUCGCUCUUAUUUUUACAACUAGCUUUAGUCUUAGCUUUUUCUCCAAUCAUAAUAAUCCUCCUGCGUUUCUUUCAGUCACUUGGGGUCGGCGCAACAUGUUUUUUCCUUCCAUACUCCAUCAUAUACUCCCCUUCUUAUACAUAUCGUCUUUCACGCAAUCCAUCCGUUUUUUCUGAACUCUACUUCUUCCUCUAAAACCUUCCACAUUCAUAGUUAAAACUCUCUUAACAACCUCAUUUUCAUUUCGUCUCAUCACAUGCCCAUACCAUCCCAAACGCGCACUUCUCAGCUUCUCUGUC